AUGGACGGCUUCGGCUUCGGCAGUUCCAGAGCCAACGCAAACGCCUUCAGUAGUGGCUUCGGGCCGCACGGAUUCGGAUCGAGUGCGGCGAACGCGCAGGCUCAGUCUUUCCAGAGCGGAGGACCUCUCGGUUCGUUUGGUGCAUCGGCGGCCAAUGCCGCGUCCCAGGGAUUCAGCGUUGGACCCAAAGGGUUGGCCGGGUCGGCGUCGUUUUCGGGCAGCCAGUCGUACCAGCUGCCCGGCCGUAAAACACUCUCGAUUGCGUACUCGAACGGGUUCAGCGUGGGCAAGAAUGGUCGUCCGCAGAUUUCAAGGGGGCAGUCGAUUAGUUGGAGCUGAGAUUAUGUAAUUUUGUUAUCAAAUUUUAAGUGAAAUUAGAUUAAUAUUGAAA